AUGAGUGACAAUCUCUAUACAAAAACAACUGGUUCUAAACUUUACAAGUUUCCUGCCACUCACUUCUCAAAUAUACCUGUGCAUUCCACUGUUUAUAUCGCUACAUAUAGAAUCUAUGCUAAUAUGUAUACUGAAGAAUCUAUCAGAGCUUAUGCAUGUACCUAUUAUGGUUGUACUGAUGAUGAGCUGGAGAAUGUAAUAGAUGAAAAGAAAAAUAAAUCAAAAGCAAAUAGUCAAAAGAGACAACAAACAAAGAAUAAGAGAAGAGAAAAGUUGGAGGAGGCUCUACAAGCCAUUGGUUUGACUAUUAGAGGUGAUUCAGAUCUCUGUGCCAAGUAUAUUAAUGGUACUUUAAGAGGAUGGACUCUCAAGGGUGUAGUUCAUGAAUGUGCAAAGAUGAGAUAUUUUUUUGAUUAUUGUGGUAUGGGUAAUGAAAUUGAGAGAAUAAAGGAUAAUCGUUACAACGAUGGAAAGCGUGGUCAUUGGUAUAAAUACGAUGAUAGUCCAUUUGAUGAAGCAAAGGAUUAUAUGGAAAGCAAGUAUCCAAUGCCUGAGGUAUGGCCUUGGCUUCUCCCUAAGAUUGCAACUCCAAACAUUAAAAUCGAACCACUAACUACAAAUGAACCAAUUACUACAAGUGAACAACCUAACACAAAUGUGCCACUCACCACAAAUGAACCACUUUCUUCAAAUGAACCACUCACUACAAAUGAACCAAUUACUACAAGUGAACAACCCAACACAAAUGAGCCACUCACCACAAAUGAACCACUUUCUUCAAAUGAACCACUCACUACAAAUGAGCCAAUCACCACAAGUGAACAACCUAACACAAAUGAGCCACUCACUACAAAUGAUUCGCCAUAA